UCGAUUUUCUUGUAUGCAUAGAUCCUUUUUGUGUCUGUAGUGAAAAUAAACCAUCUGGUGGAAACCGUACAAAAGGUGAGAUGGAUUCAAGGUUAUAUAGAGAGGCUUACUGGAAACAAUAUAUCUUGUAGAAACAUGCCAUGACCUCGUGUUUUGCUGGAGUAUAGCCCAGGAUGAGUUUUAUUCUAAGAAGAACCAGAAAAGAGGUACAAGGCUUUUUCCAUCCGAACUGUAUAGCGAUAAAAAAAAAUGCACUCGAUGACCUCAUCGUCUCGGCUGCCGAUUGGCGGAGUUCCGCCAGAACGCAUCUGUGCACACGUGACUCGCCUUUCUGGGAAUGUUCCUGGAAAGAGGAGCGCUGGUUUAUAGGGAAAAAUACGAAGCGCAGAAAAUCUCUGAUUCCCACACCGCCGAGGAUCAGCCUUCAGCGCAGAAAGAAUAUACGGGAUUGUAAAGACAAAGAAACGGUUACAAAUAGGACGUACCACUGGAGCAAUACAAUGAAAUCUCGGUGAAAGAAAUGCUCUGAAGAGGUGUCAAGUCAGAAUCCAACACACGAGAGCUGCCAACCUGCUUUUCCUUUGCUUUCACAGAAAGUGCGCUUAUUUCGAUGUAACACUGUCAGACUGGCCGAUACGCUGUUUAUGCUACUAGUCGGAAACUGAUUUUUGUUUUAAAUAGUGGGUAAGCAGCGAGUCAAGACUCGAUAUCAGUUAUGAUUUGGGAAUAAAUGAAACGGUCGCAGUUCCUUAAGAACUACACUAACUUUUAGCCUUUCGCUUCGGUCUUCACUCGUUCUCCGAGUGGAAGGGGUUAACCCAGCCGUUUUAAGGUGUAACUGGGACAAGCUGAAGAGUAGGCACUGGAGACUACGGUACUGCAGGGUUCCGAUCCAGAGCCCAUUGGUUUCUGCUGGCUGUGAACCGAGCGAGAUUUUGGAUGGGGCACACACAGUGCGUUUCGCAGACUCCAGAGGCUGACACAGAGACGCCGUGGGCCGCGGGAGAGAGAGCGGUCACCACCACCACCUCUCUUCGGCUCCCGCUUAAGCCCACCGUUGACUCUGGGAAGGCGAACCGUAUGAUCGUGCCCAGCCUGCUGCCGGAGAAAUCGCUCAUCCCCGUCCGUUUAAAGGACUCGGUAUCCGAACAACAGCGGGGAGAAACCACAGAGGAGCUCACUCGAGUGGAGAACGCCAUGUCUCACCUCCACGAGUCUGGCUGGUACUGGGGUUCCCUCACGGCGGCUCAAGCCAAGCAGGUGUUGAACGAUGCGCUGGAGGGCACCUUCCUGUUAAGAGACAGCUCGAACCCGGGCUACCUUCUCACCCUGUCUGUGAAGACCAGCCUCGGGCCCACCCACCUGCGCAUCGAGCACUCCGGGGGGGCCUUCGGCUUUGACUCCCUUGUUCUGACCCGGCCCAGGCUGAGGCAGUUUAGCGGGGUCGUGGACCUGGUCCAGCACUACGCCCUCAGCUGCCAACAAGGUACCCGGUCUGGGAGUGAACCCAAAUCUGAGACAAAGUCUUCAACACACCCCUCUCCUCCAGAGACCACUCUCCAGCUCAUCCUGACCAGGCCCCUGUAUAAGGCCCCCCCCAGUCUCCAGCACCUGUGUAGAAUAGUGAUCAACCAGAGGUCACCCAACGGCACAGACUUGCCUCUUCCUCGGAGGCUGAAGGAUUACUUGCAAGAAUACCCUUUUUUACUAUAGCAGAGGCAGGGUCUUCAUUAUGAACUCUUAAGUGUGUUUUUUUUAAAUCAACAUGGUUUUAAAAAGGCCCCAGCCCAAGUGGUUACCAGACUGCCGUGCGGCAAAUCGAUCAGUUGUAUUAGUCCAUUGCUAGUCUCUUUUAUUUGACAUAGAAGAAGAUUUUUCUACAAGUUUUACAAUUACCUGACUGGAAGUCACUGGGGUUAUGUGUACGCUUUCGUAAACUAAAAUCCCAGUUCCAUUCCUGAAAAUGACCAGUGGAGUGGUCCUUUAUGCCAGAGAACUGUAUCACAGGCCGAAAUCCACCGGCGCCAACCUCUUCACAAUUAAGUGCUGUGGGAAAGGAGCAGGUAGCAGACUGGAGUUCCUGUGACAAUCUAGGACAACGGUUCUCAUACUUUCUGGACUUUUCUUCAGGUCAGAUUACCGGGUGUUUUUCGUCGAAACCUUUCAUCAAGUUCAAGAAGCAGACAUCAGUUUUUUUCUGGGUUUUUGUUUUCCUCAAAACUGUCCACAGAUUGUUUGCUCCAGACCAAAACCCAGCAAUGAAAGUUUUACCAACACACUGCAGUGAGCCUGAUUAUCACUUAGAGCCUGCAGUGCAAGCAAGGAAGAACACAAAGAAGAGAUGAACAAAGUGGUUACAUAGGUAAUCCUACAUUCUCCGUUGUAUGAUGCCAGCUUCAUGUACAAGUCGUAGAUUGCAUGUUAGAAUUCCAUUUCCUGCUAUUAUCAUACAGAGUUCGAAGAUGAUCCUUAAGCUUGUCUUUACCAGGAUCUACUUCGAUAGAUUACAAUGUAAAUAAAGGACCUAUAAGUACCUAAGGGACCUAUAAGUCUGUCUUUGAAUAUUGUUAUUAUCUUAGUUUAAUAUUUCUGUAUUAAGAGUUUGCUUUUCAGUAUUGGACUUGGCAGUCAGGUUACACGGUGCAGUUCAAAGACACCUUCUCUAUGCCUUUUCCAUCGACUGGAAGAAAGAAGCCCAAUGUGUUCCAGGCUCACUUUCAUGUUUUGUUUUUUUUCCCAAUCGUGCUAAAAUGCCAGCGCUGACUGACCAACAGAUCCUUCAAAUGCACAGUCGCCCCCAGGGAUUUGGGAAAAGAACGCCGGAGCAGACUCCUAAAUAAUUGAAUUCCAUUUUUGAGUUUCUCUUGGAAGAAAGGGAGCAAAAAAAAAAAAAAGAAGAGAAGCCCAGAUGAAUGCAGCUGGCUUUCCGCGCUGGUGGAAUGCACGUGUGGGUGGACAUUCGGUGGACUGUGCAUCGCAAAAUCCUUUUAAGGCCAGCGCUGCCAGGCUCUGCCUUCAGUUUAGUAUACAAGCCUGCAUCCGGCACAAAGACGUUUUUGAAGGAAAAAGGAACCAAAUGAGUUCUUGAACUGCUAAGCGUCAGAGUAGGCACAAUGCCGUAUUCUGUUUUGCAGCUGUGCAUCUUUACACUGUAAAAGUCAUUGGAUAUCUACUAAUGUCACCUGGACUAGUGGGGCAGGUCACGGGGGGAGGGGGGCAGGGGGCUUUGUACAGAGAAACAUGCUUUGUUUAAAAUAAAUCUCCAUGGAAGCCCGUU